AUGACGCAUCCAGUUCGACCAAUCACCAAUAACCUCAUAGUUGAAUUACUGUCUACAUGGAGGACUUUUUCCACUCAAGACACAGGUUGUGAAGAGGACAUCUUCAAAGAUGAUCACACUGUGUCUGAUACUGGCACUUCUUGUAUAAAAGUCCAACUUUUAUAUUUCUCUGCUAAGUUACUUUAUUGAUGCAAUUCAUAUAUGUAUUUGUUGGGUAUAUCAAGGACUUGUUGGAGAGACAGUGACUUUGCAAUGCUUCUAUAAAGGCAACCUGGCACUGUACUUUAUGUGGUACAAGCAAACACUGGGUGACAAUCCCCAAAUCGUAUCAACCUUUUACAGGUAUAAUAAGAAUGCAACAUUUUACCAUGAGUUUAAGGGUAACACUCGCUUCUCAGUGCAAAGCGGUGAAGGAAUUAAUCACCUAAAGAUAUCAGACAUGCAGCUCUCUGAUUCAGCCACAUAUUACUGUGGGAACUCUUAUGCCAACCAGGUGGAGUUUGGAGAAGGAGCCAUUCUGAUUGUGAAAGGUACAACAUCUUAAUUUAGAGAGAAAGGAAAUAGUAACUCAUGUUCUGCAACUAUAAUCUUGAGGGUUUUUUCACAUUACGUUUUGGAUACAAUGGCUUAAUGUCACGCCCUGAUCGAGAGAACUCUCGUUGGUUGGGUCAGGGUGUGAGUUUUCUGUUGAGAUCUAUAUGUUAGUGUAUUUCUAUGUGGUAGAUCUAGGUUGUGUUUCUAUGUUUGGCCGGGUGUGAUUCCCAAUCAGAGACCGCUGUCGCUCGUUGUCUCUGAUUGGGGAUCAUACUUAGGUAGCCUGGUUGCCUACCUUAGUUGUGGGAUCUUGUUCCGUUUAGGCUUGUAUGUGUAUAGCCUGAGGACUUCACGUUACGUUGUGUCUUGUUUUGUUUUGUGUUUAUUGAGUUAAUAAACAUGUACGCUUUACACGCUGCACCUUGGUCCGACCCGUCUCUCAACGAUCGUGACAGAAGAUCCCACCAAACGAGGACCAAGCAGCGUGGCCAGGAGCAGACAUCCUGGACAUGGGAGGAGAUCCUUGAUGGUAAGGGAUCUUGGACAUGGGAGGAGAUCCAGGCUGGGAUGGAUCGCCGUCCGUGGGAAUGGACAGAGGAAGCCCGGGUAGGAGAGGAGCAACGGCGCCGGCCGAGGAGGAAGCCCGAGAGGCAGCCCCAAUAAAUGUUUUUGGGGGGGCUAGAGGGGUGGUCGGGGAUCACGACGACGAUGAGGUUCUGUUCCCUAACUCGUGGGGGCUCCCGGAUUGGCGAGAGAGAGAGAAGGACUGGAGCAGUCUGAGAGAGGAGGUCACCACGUUACGGUGGCUGUUAGGGCAGAGGGAGCAGGAGUUAUCCGUGCAGAGGGAGGCACUACAGGAGGCUCAAAGGGAGAAGGAAGUAGUGGAGGCACUGAGAGAGGAGCUGGUCAGGCAACAAAAGGAGUGUGUGUUCAUUGAGUAACCUAGGUAUGCAGAGAUACGCACUGUGUCGCCAGUGCGCAUUCACAGCCCAGUGCGUCCUGUGCCAGCGCCCCGCACGUGCCGUGUGAAAGUGGGCAUCCAGCCAGGACGGGUUGUGCCGGCUCAACGCUCCUGGUCUCCAGCGCGCCUCCACGGUCCAGUAUAUCCUGUGCCAGUCCUACGCACUGUGUCGCCAGUGCGCGUUCACAGCCCAGUGCGUCCUGUGCCAGCGCCCCGCACGUGCCGUGCGAAAGUGGUUAUCCGGCCAGGAUAUACUAGCUAGAGGGGUGGUCGGGGAUCGAGAGAGAAGAGCCCCGACCACUGCAGCCGGUGGGUUCCAGUUGGAGUCCCUACGACCAUGGGAACAGGAAUGGGAACAGUUUUACACUGAGGAGUCGGAGGAUGACGACGACGAUGAGGUUCUGUUCCCUAACUCGUGGGGGCUCCCGGAGGAGUCCUCACUGGAGGAGGAUUGGCGAGAGAGAGAGAAGGACUGGAGCAGUCUGAGAGAGGAGGCCACCACGUUACGGGGGCUGUUAGCUCAGAGGGAGCAGGGGUUAUCCGUGCAGAGGGAGGCGCUACAGGAGGCUCAAAAGGAGAAGGAAGUAGUGGAGGCACUGAGAGAGGAGCUGGUCAGGCAAAAAAAGGAGCGUGUGUUCAUUGAGAAACCUAGGUAUGUGGAGAUACGCACUGUGUCGCCAGUGCGCAUUCACAGCCCAGUGCGUCCUGUGCCAGCGCCCAGCACGUGCCGUGCGAAAGUGGGCAUCCGGCCAGGACGGGUUGUGCCAGCUCCCCGCACCAAACCAGUGGUGCCUGUAUUCAGUCCGGCACGGCCCGUGUCUGCUCCUCGCACCAAACCAGUGGUGCGUGUAUCCAGUCCGGCACGGCCCGUGCCUGCUCCUCGCACCAAACCAGUGGUGCAUGUCCCCAGUCCGGUACGGCCCGUACCUGCUCACCGCACCAAACCAGUGGUGCGCAUAUCCAAUCCAGUAUGGCCCAUACCUGCUCCCCGCACCAGACCAGUGGUGCGUGUUCCCAGUCCGGCACGGCCCGUGCCCGUUCCACCGGUGCCUAAUCCAGCUCCAGUCAGUAACUCCAUUCCGGAGUCAGAGCAGUCCGCUCCACCGGUGCCAAAUCCAGCUCCGGUCAGCGGCUCCAUUCCGGAGCCAGAGAAGUCCGCUCCACCGGUGCCCAGUCCCGCUCCGGUCAGCGGCUCCACUCCGGAGCCAGAGCAGUCCACUCCACCGGUGCCCAGUCCGGCUCCGGUCAGCGGCUCCACUCCGGAGCCAGAGCAGUCCGCUCCAUCUGGGUCCAGUUCAGCUCCGGUCAGCGGCUCCACUCCGGAGCCAGAGCAGUCCGCUCCACCGGGGUCCAGUUCAGCUCCGGUCAGUGGCUCUACUCAAGGCCCAGACGUCAGCCCCUCUCCAGGGUCGGGGCCUCCCACACCAGGGUCCAGACAGGGCUUGGUGCAUCGUGGGAGGAUUGCCGAUCCAGGCCCAGACGUCAGCCCUUCUCCAGGUUCGGGGUCUCCCACACCAGGGUCCAGACAGUGCUUGGUGCAUUGUGGGAGGAAGGAGAGGGGAAGCAUCGCGCCAAGGUCCAGACCAGACCAGGGGCGCAACGGGGAGGCAGAGAGGGAGAGGUCGUCACGCCCGGAGCCGGAUCCGCCUCCGAGGCCCACCCGGACCCUCCCCUAAUGAGUCAGGUUGGUGCGGCCGGAGUACGCACCUUUGGGGGGGUGUACUGUCACGCCCUGAUCGAGAGAACUCUCGUUGGUUGGGUCAGGGUGUGAGUUUUCUGUUGAUCUAUGUUAGUGUAUUUCUAUGUGGUAGAUCUAGGUUGUGUUUCUAUGUUUGGCCGGGUGUGAUUCCCAAUCAGAGACAGCUGUCGCUCGUUGUCUCUGAUUGGGGCUCAUACUUAGGUAGCCUGGUUGCCUACCUUAGUUGUGGGAUCUUGUUCCGUUUAGGCUUGUAUGUGUAUAGGCUGAGGACUUCACGUUUCAUUGUUUCUUGUUUUGUUUUGUGUUUAUUGAGUUAAUUAACAUGUACGCUUUUCACGCUGCACCUUGGUCCGACCCGUCUCUCAACGAUCGUGACACUUAAUUAUGCUGUAUUUGCAUAAUCAGAUAUUUCUGUGUAUGAUUCCAAAAAUGUUAAGUUGGGACACAACAUAGAGAACAGAUUUACUGACUUAUAAACCUUCUUGUCAGGAUCAGGGUCCAGAAACAUGUCUGUACUCCAGCAGCCUGUAUCUGAGUCAGUCCAGCCAGGAGACUCUGUGACUCUGAACUGUACAAUACACACUGAGACCUAUACAGGAGAACACAGUGUCUAUUGGUUCAGACAUGGCUCAGGAGAAUUUCGUCCAGGAAUCAUUUACACCCAUGGAGAAAGGAGUGAUCAGUGUGAGAACAGACCUGAGACUGGGUCUCCCUCACAGAGCUGUGUCUACAACCUCCCCAAGAGGAACCAAUGCUGGGACUUACUACUGUGCUGUGGCCUCAUGUGGGGAACCAAGCUGGACAAUCAAGGUCAUUUAUUUGACCAAUUUGACUAAUUUACUAUUUCAGGUCGUUUUUAUAUCGGUAGAAAUUACACAUUCAAUAUUCUUUACUUCAAUAUAACACUUUAUUGAUAAUGAGCAUACUAAUUAAUGUAAUCCUUUGGUUUCAGAGUAUGAUUUCCCCAUGACUCCCACUGCUCUUGCACUGGUCACAUCAAACAUUGUGUUUGUGAUUGUCAUCAUUCUACUGACAUGUGGGAUAUGCAAUGAAAGGACCAGGGGGCCUAAAGGUAGAGUCAGACUUGCUGUUGUUCUGCAUCUUUCAUGCAUAUUACUAGUUACACUAAUAUACUUGCUGUUGUGGAAUUUUUCAUUGACUAUAAAUUUGGGCAACGUCCAAACCAUAUCCAUUGUUAUAGCGAGAUUGCUUGUAUAUGUAACAUGUUAUUUUCUUCUUGUUUUUAAUUUGAAGAUGCAACUGAUAGAUCACCAACCCCACCAGUCGAUCAGGUUAACUCUUUGUUGUAUCACUUUUUUCUUAAUCUCAAAAGGGUUUAUCUAGUAGAUGUGACCAGCAUAAUGUCUUGUUAUGGCUCCACCUCUCUCACACAGAACCAAUGCAGUGACAUGGUAAACUAUGCAGCUGUGAGUUUCACUGCCAAGAAAAGCUCCUCCUCCAGAAGAGAGAUAGCCAAGACCAGCAUAGUGGAUGCAGAGCACUCUGAGGUCAGGUUCUUUCAGCAGGAGUGAGACAUGUGAAGACCCUCACCACAUUGAACGGAACCACAUUCAAAUACAUUAGAAAUAACUAAUGUUUAUUCUUUUGUAUCUUUUCCGUAUUAAACUCACCUUCUGCACCUGCUUUCUGACUCCCGGCUUUUACGUAACAGAAUAAGACCUCAGCAAUAUUUAGGCAGCAGAAGAUUCAACCCUCUUCCAGACGGUUAACGAACAAGGUAAUCUACUCCAUCAAUACCACGACCGGCUGGUGAAACUGGGUACGGCCAUAGAGGAGGUUCUCCACCGCCUCGACACCACCAGCGAGGUUCUCCAUACCCCUAUCAGAGGGCCUCCUACCACGGAUCGUCACAUUGAGCCAGCCCCCCAGCCUACCCAGCCAUCCGCACAGGUCAGCAAUGCCCGACUGUCCCUUCCGGAGAAAUAUGACGGCUUUCUACUCCAGUGCUCCCUCUAUUUUGUCUAUCAGACGGGAGCCCCACCACCGAGAGGUCCAAGGUUGCCACAGUCAUUUCCCUGCUGGAGUGGGCUACGGCCGUCUGGGAGAAAGGAGAGGAGGAGCUGGGUUCUUAUGAGAGGUUCAUGGCUCUGUUCAGGGCGGUCUUCGACCAUCCUCCAGAGGGCAGAGAGGGAGGUGAGCAUCUUUUCCAGCUCCGGCAGGAUUCCCAGACCGCUGCGGAGUACGCCCUCACCUUUUGCACUGUGGCAGCCUCCAGCGGAUGGAAUGAGCCGGCGCUCCGCACUCUAUUCCGCAGUGGACUGCGCGAGGUGGUCCAGACGGAGUUGGCAUGUUGGGAUGACAACAUAUCCUUGGACGCUCUCACCAUCGAUGGCCAUUGUCUGGAUAAUCUUCUUCGGGAGAGCAGGUGUCCACCUCGCCACUCGCCUCCCUCCUUUGGCUGUCCUGAGGCAGAGCCUGAACCCAUGGAGGUAGGGGCCACACCCCUCUCCGUGGCAGAGCGGCGUCGCCGGAGACAGCUGGGGCUCUGUCCCUAUUGCGGCCAGGAGGGGCACCAGCUUCAGUGGUGUCCGGUGUGCCCUAAUCUGGGGUCCGCUAGAGCAGAGGGGCAGCCCCGUGACCUUCCGUCUCCCAGGGUAGGCAUGAGUAUUCCUGUAUCAUCGUUUUCCGCCAAACCCUUUAUGGUUCCUGUUUCACUGGCUGUCCCUCAAGAGUUGUCUCCACCGCUUUAGUGGACUCCGGUGCUGCGGGGAACUUCAUCGACCAGGCCCUCGCCUCCUCCCUGAACUUAAGCUGAUACCCGCUCUCCUCUCCUUUUUCUGUCCAAGCCCUAGAUACGCAACCAUUGGGAUCCGGCACAAUUACGCACAUCACUGCACCACUCACCCUCACCGUGGGACCCAUGCACCAAAAAUGUAUUCCCUUCUUCAUCACCACCACACCCAUACACAAGGUAAUCCUCGGCCUCCCGUGGCUCCAACGUCACAACCCCACCAUCUCGUGGUUGAGCAUGAAAAUCACCGCCUGGGGACCAGAAUGUCGGAAGACCUGCUUCCCUGUACCCUGUGGUUCUACACCGGUUGAGAGUCCUCUGAGUGCCCACCAGCCCUUCAAUCGGUCCUCCCGUAUCAUUUGCCCCAUGUUUUUGGACGUAGAUGUGGACAUCCGCCAGGCUCUGGCGAGGGAACCCACUCCUGCUAUCUGCCCUCCAGAAUGCAUCUACGUUCCCACAGGGGUGAGAGAUUGGCUGUUGACCUCGGCACACACAUCCCUCGCCUCUGGACACCCAGGUAUCACCCGCACCAUCCAAUCCCUCUCUGAGAAGUACUGGUGGCCCACCUUGGUGCAGGACAUCGCCCUCUAUGUCAACUCAUGUUCCAUAUGUACCCAGUCCAAAUCUCCCCGGCACACUCCAGCAGGGAAACUCCGUCCCCUUCCCAUGCCUCAGCGGCCUUGGUCUCAUCUGUCCAUUAAUUUCAUCACUGAUCUCCUUUAUGGUUGAUGCGGACAGAUUUUCGAAAUCCUGCCGUUUUAUCCCUCUCUCUGGUCUCCCUACCGCUCUCCAGGUCGCUGAGGCACUGUUCCAGCAAGUCUUCCGGCACUAUGGCCUUCCGGAGGACAUCGUCUCCGACCGUGGCCCCUAAUUCACAUUACGGGUACGGAGAGCCUUCAUGGAUGUUUGGAACACUGCCCACGUGAGGCCCCAAAGCACCAUCCGCAGACAGAAGGAGCAGGUGGACCGCCACCACAGUGAGGCUCCCUUGUUCCAUCCUGGUGAUCGCGCCUGGCUCUCCACCAGGAACCUCCCACUCCGCCUGUCCUGCCGGAAGCUGAGCCCCUGGUUUCCCACUCCGGCGCUCGACGUUGCCGGUUUACUAACCACUAACCACCGGUCCUGGCAACCCAUCAUUAUGCACACCUGGACUUCAUCACUUCCCUGUUUACUUCCUCUUUAUUUUGCCCUCUGUGUUCAUCAGUCCUUAGGUGUUGUUGAUUGUCUCUCACAUUCAGUACGCUUCCCACGUUUGUUAUUUUGUAUCUGUUCCAUAUUAAACUCAACUUCUGCACCUGCUUUCUGACUCCUGGCGUAUAUGUAACAAUAGGUCGCUGUUCUAGAUGUAGCCUACUGCUUGCUCUAUGUGAUCGUUGUUCAUUUUUCCAUGGAACUUCUGUCCGUCACUGUUCCACUGACUGUCAGGUCAUUGUAGUGGGUAUACAGUCUGGACAGUCAUGUCUUUGUGUUUUCUUCCACAGGAGAAUAGAAACAUUAUAUAGUAGAUUAUGCUAUCAUCAUAAUGUAUUUUCUCAUGGCUCCACCCACCUCAGAAUCAAGACAGUGACGUGUUCAACUAUGCAGCUGUGAGUUUCACCCCCAAGAAGAACUCCUCCUCCUCUAGAAGAGCAAGAGAGAAGACCAGCAGAGAGGAUGCAGUGUACUCUGAGGUCAGAUACCUGCAACAGCAGUGA